AUGACGGUAGGCGAGCAUUUCCCAGCCUCUCUUCAUCCCCAACCCAUCACGGAGGAAGUCCUGGAUGGAGAUAGUGACGAUCAAGGUUUUGACUUUGUCGAUUUGGGAUUUUACAGGGAGGAAGUCUACGACGGAGAUACCGCCGAUUAUGGUGUGAGUUUCUCGAUCUGCGAUUUUUCAAGGAGGAAGUCCGCAAGGAGAUAUUGCUUGGUGUUUCAUCAUGCAGAGAUCUGGUCCUUGCUGCUCUCCCUCGGCGCAGAUCUAGAGUAG